AUGAGCACCAAACAGGUUGAUGUCCUCAUUGUGGGUGCAGGCCCAGCUGGGUUGUACACGGCUCUAUUUCUGGCUCGCAGUGGAAUUUCGAACAUUGCCCUGAUAUCGAAACACCCUGUGGCAACCCAAGUCGGUCAUGCGUCUGGCAUUCACCCCAGGACGCAGGAGAUUCUGCAUACUCUCAACAUCUACCAUCAGCUCGCUGCCGGUAGUGGUGGAGUUGCUGAAACGGCCUUUUGGUCGAACAGCAAUGACGACCAGCACCUGCAAAGGAUCAGCGUCGCUACUGAGAUCACCAACGAAACGAUGUAUCGACGAACGAUCGUGCAACAUCAGGGGAUCACAGAGAAACUCCUACACUACACAUACACGCAUUCCAGAACCCAUCCCAUUCGUGCUUCGAUCAAGAACCACAUCAGUGGAGAGGUGGAAAGCUGGGACUGCAAAUACAUGAUCGCAGCAGACGGGCGAUCCAGCCGCCUCAGAGAGCUCGCUGGCAUAGGUUCUGCUAUCAACGACACCGAAGCCACAUGGGCAGUGGGCGACUUCGAAGUCGAGACGGACUUUCCAGACCUUCGACGUCGCUGUCCUAUCCGAACGAGCCGUGGCAAUCUCAUGCUAAUACCGUCACUACACAAGACGCUGCGCAUAUACAUGCUCUUGAACCAAGAAGAGCUCGAGGAACUAAACGACAGUAUCUUCGAGGGCGGACGGGACGUUACCAGCCAUGGCAACCACACAACUCUCUUAGAUCUCUUCGAACGAAAACUCCCCACCAUCUUCAACCCCUACACCAUCAAACUGAACAAAGUCCGCUGGAUCAGCAGAUAUACCGUCUCCCAACGCGUCGCCGACCGCUUCUACGACGGCAAGCGCCUCCUCUUCGUCGGCUACAGCUGCCACUCGCACUCCCCAAAGGCAGCCCAAGGCAUGAACACGGGCAUCCAAGACGCCCACAACCUCGCCUGGAAACUCUCCCUCAUCCUCCGCGACCGCGCCACCCCCGACCUCCUCGAGACCUACCACCUCGAGCGCAAACACAUCGCCCAGCAACUCAUCGAAUUCGACAUCCGCUUCGCGAAACACUUCGCCGAGCUGUCCUCGCCGGAAUUCUACGAUCUCUGGAAGCAGAAUCAGGGGUUCACGAGCGGGCUCGGACAGCACUACCCGCCGAACGCGCUGGUCGACGAGCACAUCCCAGCAGACAUCAACGAGUUGGCUGUCGAGCCCCUGACGCCCGGGAAGCGGUACCUCCCCAACACCGCCCUCAUCCGCCACAUCGACGGCUGGGAACUCACCUCCCUCGACGUGAUGCCCUCCAACGGCGAAUUCCACCUCGUGAUCUUCGCAGGCGACAUCAGCAUCGAGCCUCGCAAGGCAGAAUUCAAUUCCCUCUACAACACCCUAACAUCCUCCUCCUCAGCCCUGACGAAACUCAACGGUCAUCAGAACAACAAAAGCAGCAGCAAUACUCCCGAGGCAAAUGCCUGGCCCUGGGAAGACAUCCACACCAACCACGACCACAGCCCCCAAAACACCAAACUCGCCAACCUCUUCGUCAUCCACACCGCCAACCACCUGCACAUCGAACUCCGACCGCGGUAUGAGUUGUGGAAGUAUAAAUUCUUUGAAGAUCGGGAGGGAUGGGAACAUGCGCAACAUGGCGUGGAUCCGAAGGGGAGGAUGAUGGCAGUCGUUGUGAGGCCGGAUGGAAUUGUAGGGAUGUCUCAUCCCUUGAAAACCAAUCGCUCAAGGUUCCUUUCGUAA